AGAUAGGUCUCGCAAUUGGAGCUGACGUGGAAGGACAAUGGUCGUCCUCCCGUGCUAUAUAGUUUUAACUUUUAAGACGGUGACCACGCUGGAGACACAGAGGUCGGGCUAGAGAGAGAGAGACACGGUGGCCGGUGGGGGAAUCUCGAGGGAAUAUUCCGUAAAAGAGUACUGGAAAGUGGCGGCCGUGGCGUCGUGUGCCGUUCGAUCGGGAUCAGACGGUGUAGGGAUGGGGCUCGCGAGCGACGAGUUGGUGGAGAUCCAGUUAGGGAAAAAUGCCGGCGAGCCGAGCGUCGUCACCGUGAAUUGCCCCGAUAAGACCGGGCUUGGCUGCGACCUCUGCCGAAUUAUUCUAGAGUUUGGACUCUGCAUUACGAGAGGAGAUGUAUCAACCGAUGGGCAGUGGUGCUUUGUGGUGCUAUGGGUUGUUCCGUGCUCUCCAAAAAUUAACAUCCAAUGGACAAGUUUGAAGAACCGGUUGUUAUCAGAGUGCCCAACUUUUGCCAUUCCAUUCUAUUUGGACCUUGGAAGCUUGCCCAAGAUAACUCAGACUUAUCUCCUGAAGCUCUUCUCAGUUAAUCGAAAGGGGCUUCUACACGAUAUCACUCAUGUUCUUUGCGAGCUUGAUCUCUGUAUCCAUAGAGUAAAGGUCUCUACAACACCAGAUGGAAGAGUCAUGGAUCUUUUCUUUAUAACGGAUGGCAUGGAGCAACUGCAUACUAGAAAACGACAAGAUGAAACGCGUCAAAAAUUAAGUUCUGUUCUUGGAGUUUCAUCUAUCACCUGUGAGAUUGAGUUAGUUGAAGACUUUCAGCAGGGAUUCUCGUCACUUCCUCCUACCGUUGCUGAGGAACUUUUCAGUCCCGAGCUAUCAAACAGUCAAGUUUGUUCACAGGCCCUCAGUUCAGACUUGGCCAAAAUGAAAAAGGUUAAUGUAACCAUUGACAACUCCUUGAGCCCUUGCCACACUUUACUGCAAAUUUAUUGUGCCGAUCAGAAGGGACUUCUCUAUGACAUUUUAAGGACUUUAAAAGACUAUAACAUUCAGAUCUCUUAUGGGAGAUUCUUGUCGGACAUGAAUGGUUAUCGAGAAAUAGACCUCUUUAUCCAACAAACUGACGGGAAGAAGAUCUUGGAUCCAGAAAAACAGGAUGCUUUGUGCUCCAAAAUGAAACUGGAAGUGAUUCAUCCUUUGAAGGUGAUCAUAGUCAGCCGCGGCCCAGACACCGAACUCCUGGUUGCCAACUCCGUCGAGCUGUGCGGUAGGGGAAGGCCGCGCGUGUUCUUCGACGUCACCUUAGCCCUUAAAAUGCUCGACAUUUGCAUUUUCUCUGCUGAGAUCGGCAAGCACAGGACUGCAGAGAGGCAGUGGGAAGUGUACAGAUUUCUCCUGGAGGAAAGGCGAGAUUUCCCACUCUCAAGUAGAAAAGUCAGAAACCAGAUUGUCGAUGGCGUGCGACGAGCAUUGAUGGGCUGGUAAACAAAUCUGGUUCUUCGCUCUCCUACAAAACUAAUACAUGUUUGUACAGUAAUAGAGUUAUUAUUAAUCAGCUGUAGCAGAAUAAUUUCUAUUAAUCUAAUAUAUCAAUCUAUUUAGAGCUUCUCA